GCACAUCCCCUACUCCUCCCAAGAAAUUAGUGAUGGUAAUGGGGCGGGGCGAGUACCUCAAUACCCAUGUCUGCCCUCACGCUAUUUCGGAUCGGGGUGGGUAAUACCCGUACGGGUACGAGGCAGGGCUGGUUGACCCACUCUUACAUGUUAUUUGAAUAAAAUACACACACAAUUUUACUUUUUACAAUAAAAUGAAGUAGAAAACACGUAUGAAUGAAAAUAGUGAUGAUGGAAUAGGUAAUUGAGUCUAACUAGGAAAAAUCGACCCUACCUAGUUGAAGAACAGUCAAAAUAGUCAAAAUAAAAAUGGAUACUAUAAGAAAUUGAGAUAAAAUGCGACAUGAACGAGGCGGGGCGAGGCAGGACAGGUCGGAAGUAGAUACCCAGGCCCCACCCCAAACUACUACGGGAUACCCGCCCCAUCACAAGUCAGAUCGGAUAAUACCCAUCGGCCGGGUUCAAAUUGUCAUCCUACAAGAAAUAAUGGGCUGGGCAUCGACAUAUAUCUGUUGCUGUAGGCUCUAGGAGGUAAGCCUUCUUUUUCUGGAGGCCGCAGGCCGGUGCAAGGGGUUCUACAGUGUGUGUAAUGGGCUUUCGGAACUUGUGUUUGGGCUUCAGUCUUCUGAGCUUCGGGCCUAUUUCUAACUAAUGGGCUUUAUUAUACGGUUUCCUUUGUACCACUCUGACAAGUCACAAGUCAAAACUAACCCAAAUCUAUCUACACAUAGGAGUAGAGAAUCACUCCCCCUCGUUUUGUGCACUGAUCUUUCAGCCACGUCGCCCAAAUCCAUGGAAAAUGACGGAGAUUCGGUUAUGUCUUCCACACGCGCUUCAACUUCCACACGCGCUUUAUUAUACGGUUUCCUUUGUACCACUCUGACAAGUCACAAGUCAAAACUAACCCAAAUCUAUACACACAUAGGAGUAGAGAAUCACUCCCCCUCGUUUUGUGCACUGAUCUUUCAGCCACGUCGCCCAAAUCCAUGGAAAAAAGACGGAGAUUCGGUUAUGUCUUCCACACGCGCUUCAACUUCCACACGCGCUUUAUUAUACGGUUUCCUUUGUACCACUCUGACAAGUCACAAGUCAAAACUAACCCAAAUCUAUCUACACAUAGGAGUAGAGAAUCACUCCCCCUCGUUUUGUGCACUGAUCUUUCAGCCACGUCGCCCAAAUCCAUGGAAAAAAGACGGAGAUUCGGUUAUGUCUUCCACACGCGCUUCAACUUCCACACGCGCUUUAUUAUACGGUUUCCUUUGUACCACUCUGACAAGUCACAAGUCAAAACUAACCCAAAUCUAUCUACACAUAGGAAUAGAGAAUCACUCCCUCUCGUUUUGUCCACUGAUCUUUCAGCCACGUCGCCCAAAUCCAUGGAAAAAAGACGGAGAUUCGGUUAUGUCUUCCACACGCGCUUCAACUUUCCCCUUUCCAAGGAAAUAUCCAAAUCGGCCUUUCCUUUCCUCUGCUAGUGGACGGCACCAAUCACAGCUUACUGACCUGACCCGACCCGCCGCCCCGCCAAAUGGACAUCCACGGAUCUACACGCUUCCGCCACCGGAAAUCCCCUCCUUCCUCCGACCGCUUCCUCGACGCCUUCUUCUCUCCGCCGCUCCACCACGAAAAGGACAGCAUCCUCGCCGCCGCCGCCGCCGAGGACAGCGAGCUCAACGAGGACGACAUCUUCUCCACCGGCUACUUCUCCUCCGAUUCCUCCCGAAAUCAACAACAGCAAAGACACCACUACCUUCGCAGCUCUCCCUCGACAUCGCCGCGCCACAAGGCCUUCCCCGGUUCGUUCGGAAUCCUCGCGGCGUUGCCGGAGAACAUCUCCACCGCCGGGCAUCACCAUCACUUGUACCAGAAAACCGCUCUCUCCUCUCCUCCUCCUCCUUCCUCCUCCGCCGCCUCGCCCUCAUCGAAUUUGCCCUCCUCCUCUCGCCUCAUCCCCAAACCACCGCAGGAUAGGUUGUCGUCGGCCUCCUCCUUCUCCAGGCACCAGCACCCGCAGUCGGCGCCAAUCAACGUUCCCAUCCUCGCGUCCGCGAUGGCGAGGAGGCGGAACAGGGAAUUCAACGAGAUUGAUGAGCUGCUGGACGAGGAUGAAGGCUACGGCGGCGAGAUGCUUCCCCCGCACGAGAUCGUGGCCAGGACGCAGUCCCCGAUUCUGUCCUGCCCGGUCAUGGAAGGCGCCGGGAGGACGCUUAAGGGGAGGGACCUUAAACAGGUAAGGAAUGCAAUUUGGCGGAAAACUGGCUUUCUGGAUUGAUUGAUUCAUUGAAGAUCGAAAAUUGUUUGUUUAUCUUUAGGGCUGUAAUUAAGAAAUUGGUUUGUUGAUCAAGAGAAAUUUGUUAAAUGGGAAAUUUUGUACAUCUCUAUUUCACUCUCAAUGAAAUUGGUCUUCCCCUAUGUUCUGAUUUCGCACUACUAGCAGCACAGUAAACCCGAAUCUCGGUAGGUUUCGUCGGAUGUUCAUGAUUCGAGUCGUGUAGGCUUGAAUGUAUGCACCAGGUCGCGUCAUAAGAAUCAGAUGACGCAUUCACGACAGCAAUCUUCCCUGGAAACCAGAGCUUAUCCCGACUGCAGUAGGCACUAAUCAAAUUCGGAGCAUCGAUUUCGAGCUCCUGCACUUUCCUCUGCCGGCAUUCCAACUGGAGCACCCGGAGCCGAUGGCUCCAAAUCCUUAUCUUGCUCGUUUCGGUGCUGCUGCUGCUACAACGAAUGAAGUGCAAGGAAAGAGACUCCAGAAAUGGCAAGUGUGAAAUCAUGUUAAGAUGGCUCUGCCUAAGUUCCACGGGGGCAGAAAGUUUCAAAUCUUUGAGGCUGAACGUCUUCAGGGAAAACGGCUGAAGUAAACUGGCGUUCCAUCCGGAAGCCAACCUUCCACACCAUGGGAAACACCUGCAGAACCUGGAGAGAUGGCAACUUGGUGAUGAAGUCGUCGAGAUAUCCCCCUGCGAUUUCCCCCACUGCAGAAGCUGAUGAUUGUCACACUCUUUGAGAUUCGGAGCCGAAGACUAGGGAUGGCAAAUUACCUACCCAUGGGUAAUUAUACCCAAACCCAAGUAGACCCAUUGAUAAUGGGUUGGGUAUGGGUGAAGUGCAUAUGGAUUUGGGAGUUUAUAGAUGGGUUUGGGUUUGGGGCUUCCAUAAUCUAAAUGGGUAUGGGUUGGAUAUGGAUAUCCAUUUACUUGAGGGUGUUUUAACUACACAUGCAAAAAUUGGACCUAUUUGCAAAACUUGAAAAGUUUAGGUACCAAAAUGUAAGACCAAAAAAAUUUAGGUACCAAAACGUAAUUUUCCAUCAAUAUUUUGAGGACUUAUAUGCAAAAAAAUUAAAUUUAGGUACUAAAU